AUGUCAACGGAGUCGACUUUAUUGUACAGUAAUGAGAAAAUUGAAAAGCCUUCAUUGUCGUCUUCCCUACAUGUAGUGAAGAAAACCUCCAAUGAUGAUGUACAGCAGAUUCCUGAUAGUGGUGGUAAUUCUAAAGCUUCUAAAAAAGUUGCUAAAACGCCGCCUGAACAACCUAUUUCUGUCAGUAAGAUGAAAGUCUCUCUUCCUAAAGAAGCAAAGAAUAAGAAACUUCAAUUGAAGAAGAAGCAGAAAUCAAAGAAGAGUAAGUUGGAUGGUGACCUUCAUCAGAUGAAUUCAUUGAAUGAUGAGUCUGUCGGGAAGUCAAAGAAACCUCAUGAUGAAUCUCAAGAAAACACUAGAAAACGUCGUUUUCCAAGAUCUUAUGCAACACAAGUUGAUCCGAGUUCUAUUCGUUCUGCUCGUAGAGCUGCUAAACGACGAAAAACCGACAAACCCGUUGAAGAGAAACAUGACGAUUUAUCAGAAAAACCUGAUCAGAAGAGAAAGAGAACAACUAAACGUAAACGGAAUCAAAUAAUGAAAAAAUGGUGUAUACGCUCAAGUUUACGUGAGAGUGGAGUCAUAGUCAUCUUGCUGGCAGGACGACAUCGUGGUAAACGUGUCGUUUGCUUGGGUAGACAUAAAUCCUCUGGUCUGUUACUGGUGACUGGACCAUAUCGUUACAAUGGCUGCCCGUUACGUCGUGUUCAUCCAAACUAUGUAAUUGCUACAAAGACGAAAAUUGAUUUGAGCAAUUUAUCCCUCCCGAAUAGAAUUCAUCAAAAAGAAUACUUUGCAAGAUCUACAGGAUCUACUACCACCGGCACCACCUCCAAAUCACGUAAAGUAAACAAUCAGAAACGCCUCGAGGAUAUACUUGAACAUGGUGUUGAAAGUCAAAAACCCGUUUAUAAACCAAGCGAUGAAAAGAAAUCCGACCAACGCUUAAUCGACGACGAAGUUAGGAAAGCGAUUAAAUCCCAUAGCGAUUCACAGAUGUUAAUUCGUUACUUGAGAUCAUUAUUCUCUAUUAGUAAACACGAUCGACCGCAUGAGAUGUCCUUCUAGAGACAGAGAAAGAUGUAAACAUACUACUUAUACUCAAUUACACACAUACACACACACACAAACCAAACUCUUCUUCCUGAUUCAAAUCAAAUUCUUCUUUCUACACUUCUUACUGCUCUAAACUCUCUGUGGAACACACUGUGAAGCAUUUCAACUAAAUUCCC